CAAUUGAAAAUUAUUGAACAUUGUGCUGUAAGUCCACAAUGCACAUAACCUCAACUUAAAGUUUAAGUGUACUAUAUUUUUAUUGUGUGCUAACAUUAUAUUAGUGAUAUUUUUACAAACACAAAAUGGGUAAAGUACGGUCCGCUCCGGGGGCCCCCCGAAAAGAGGGAUUCAAUAAAUCUGGACAUUCAAUGAAUCCUGAUCGACCAACUGAAGGAUUAAAGGGUGUUGGUAAACCACGUACAAAAGGCACUAUAAAGAGACUGCAGAUGUACAGGAACUUUAAAGCUAAAAGAGAUAAAACUGGAAAAAUAUUAACACCUGCUCCAUUCCAAGGUUGGCUUCCCUCUGGAACUCAGGCAAGGGUAGAACCUAAUCAAAAGUGGUUUGGAAAUUCUAGGGUUAUUUCCCAAAAUGCUCUACAAAAGUUUCAAGAUGAGUUUGGUGCUGCAGUCAAAAAUCCAUAUCAGGUUGUUAUGAAACCAACAAAUUUACCUAUAACUCUACUUAAUGAAAAGGCUAAACAUGCUCGUGUGCAUCUUCUCGAUACAGAAGGAUUUGAUAAAACAUUUGGUCCCAAGAAACAAAGGAAGAGAGUGAACCUUAAAUUUAAUGAUUUAGAUACAUUGUCUAAAGCAGUUGAAGAAAGUGCUGAAAAAUAUGAUGAAAGCAAGGAUAUUGAUAGAGUGCGUGAGGAUACAGGUAUGAAAAACGGCCAAAGAGAGUGGAUUUUUGGUGCAGGAAUGAGCAGACGAAUUUGGAAUGAAUUGUACAAAGUAAUAGAUUCUUCUGAUGUAUUACUACAAGUUCUAGAUGCUCGUGAUCCUAUGGGUACAAGGAGCCCAUAUGUUGAAAAGUUUCUAAGAGAAGAAAAGCCCCAUAAGCACUUAAUAUUCAUAUUAAACAAAGUAGAUUUGGUGCCGAAUUGGGUAACACAGCGAUGGGUAGCUAUAUUGAGCGCAGAAUACCCAACAAUAGCUUUCCAUGCAUCUAUGACACAUCCAUUUGGCAAAGGAUCAUUAAUUAAUCUAUUGCGUCAGUUUGCUAAACUUCACAUUGAUAAGAAACAGAUUAGUGUUGGGCUUAUAGGUUAUCCAAAUACGGGUAAAUCUUCUGUGAUCAAUACAUUAAGAGCGAAAAAAGUUUGUAAAGUAGCUCCUAUUGCUGGUGAGACAAAAGUCUGGCAAUACAUAACAUUAAUGAGAAGGAUAUACUUAAUUGAUUGUCCUGGUGUUGUGUAUCCAUCUGCCGAAACAGACACUGAAAAAGUGCUCAAGGGUGUGGUCAGAGUUGAAUUAGUUCAAAAUCCAGAAGAUUAUAUUGAAGAAGUAAUCAAAAGAGUACGAAAAGAAUAUCUAGUUAAAACAUACAAAGUAGAUGGAUGGGAUACAUCAAUUGAAUUUUUAGAGAAACUUGCAGCGCGAACUGGAAAGUUGUUAAAGAAAGGAGAACCUGAUAUUAGUUCUGUGGCUAAAAUGGUAUUGAAUGAUUGGCAAAGAGGAAAGCUUCCAUUCUAUGUUGCGCCAGAAGGAUUUGAAAUUCCAUUAUCCAAACAAACUAAGGAUGAAGAACCAAAAGAAGCGCAAGAAAUUGCACCUGAAAACAAAGCAGAUGAAAAUGUUGCUGAGGCAACUGAGACAGAGACUAAAACUGAUGCUACAGAUAAACCAACUUUAAAAAUCAAUAAAUUAGUGAUAGCUCAAGAUUUUGCAAAAAUAAGAGUAGGAUUGCAAUUUGAUAAUGUAGAUGAUGUUAAGCCAUUAAAAAAUGUUGAUAUACCAGAAGAACUCAAAGGAAUUGAUGAACAAAAUAAUGAUGAGAAUGAUGAGUCCCAAGAUAAAGAUGAGGAUAAAAGUAAUGAUACAGAAACAUCACAAACUGAAGCUGAUAAAGAACAAGAUGGAGAUGAUAGUGACUCAGAUAUUAGUAGUUUCUAUAGCAAUGAUGACAAAGAAUGCAGUGAUGUAGAAGAUUAUUUGACAAAUGAUCCUGAAACUGUUAAGGAAAUUAAGAAACAGAGAAUUCAAGCUGCCAGUGGUACAUUUAUUAUUGAAGAAAUAACUCAACAAGGAAAGAAAAGGAAGGCAAAUGGAGAAGCACCUGUGAAAACAAAAUUAACAGCUAAAAGAAGAAGGGCUAUUGAAAGAGCUCAAAAGCGUACCAAAACAGGCAGCAACUUUUAUGAAGUGUCCAAUGUUAAAAAUAGGAAUAGGAAUAAGAAGAAGCCUUAGAAAUUGUAAAUGUCUCUGUGACCAAUAUUUAAAAAUAAAAUUUAUUGCCAGAA